UACAUCUUUUAUUCCAAAAUUUACAAAAACGUUGUAAAAUGAAUAAGGAAUCGAGAGAAUUACCUGGAAAAAGUAGUCACUUUGCUCUUCUGGGUCAACAUACAGCCGGUCUAUGGAGAUUUAAAAAAAUGACAGAUAUUGAUAUUGAAGUGGAGAAACAUUCAUAUCCAGCUCACAAAUCUGUUUUAACUUGUUAUUCUCCUUAUUUUAGAAAAAUACUGAUGGAAUCUGAGAAACAGUCUCUGAAAAAUAUUAAACUGAAAUCCAUUACUGCCGAAGCAUUCGGAAUUUUACUAAAUUACAUGUACACGGGAGAACUUGAUAUCAAUUGUCAGAAUUUGACUGAUGUUUAUCAAGCAUCCAAAACACUCGAGAUACACGAAGUAUCCGAACAUUGCAAUAAGAUAUUAACAAAUCCCGAAAAUAAUGUCAAUAAUCUACUUUCCAUAUACGUGACGGCUAAGAAACUGGGUCUUCGCCAAACUUGGCAAAGAGCUCUUAAGGCAAUGGCUAGAAAAUUCGAAGAGGUUAUUGAGUGUAAAGAUUUUGUAGUUUUGAAUGUAGAACAGAUUUGUGAAUUCCUCUCAGUUGAUGUUAUUGGAGCUAGAAG